AAAUUUAUCCGAUUUACCAUCUCCCUACCGCUCAGCCCUCCGUUUCCAGCUCCUCUUCCGCUCAGGUCGGACGCAGUCUACGCCACGCCAGUUCGUAUAGUAUCCCGAGCAUGAUGGAUUUGUCGAAUCCUGCGGUGUUUGUCAAUGCUGAGAUACUACGUAUGCAUGUGGGACGGAGGGUUCGGGCAGUGAUUCAGGUUAUUCGCGCUGAUGGUGGCACAGUGACUGGAAAAUCAACAGAUGAGCAGCAGAUAUUCAUCAAAGGUCAUGCUCCUGGACCACUCUCCACAUUUGUUGAGGUUAUUGGCAUUGCCGAUAGUCCCCAAUCAAUCCGUGCUGAUAUAUGGACCAACUUUGGGGACACACUCGAUACAGUUAGUUACAACCGCGUUUGUGAACUUGCCAACAGGGAGUAUAAGCACCUCUUCAUGUGAGGAUCUAUCUAAUCGACUAAUCUAGGUUUAUGAUGCUGUAGUUCCAUUUGUUUAGCACUUCAUGAACAUAGUACAUGAGAAUAUUCAAAUGAUGGUAUUUCGAGUCUUAACCGUCUGUUUUGGUAACAACACUGAUCGGAGGGUAUCAUUCAAUGAGCAUUGUUAUAUUGUGUGUUCGUAUAUUCUGUACCGCAAAACAGCUAAAUCUUCUGCCAUGCAUGUAAUUCACUGCUAUAUUGUCGGUAUUAACACUAAUAUCGUUGUCACAAC